UAGGAAGAGAUGAAAUGAACUUUGCACUUGCAAAUGUCACUGAAUACAUUUUGAACAGGAUUUUAAAAGGUUCUCUUACAAGCACUAUUUUUAACAGCCAAAUCCGCCCCCCAAAACAGAAAGGAAAAAGCCCUAGGUAUUUUUCUGUCAUCGAUCUGAGUUUCUGAUCAGCUGAAGCAUCUCUCACAAUAUUUACCUGAAGCCGGUUUUAUUUUAUGUUUUUAUCAUUCAAGUUGAGAUUUUUGGAGGUGGUGUGGAUUUUUUUGGGAAUGAAUUUUUUUUUUUUCUCAAAUGAAAAAAUUUGAGAAUUUAAUUGCACUAGAAUACUUGGAAACAGUGAGGCUGGAAGCUUGAAAGGCAGAGGGAAGAGAAGGAAGGCUCUCACAGCAGAGCAUGGAUAGGAAAGGAGCUGUGAUUCUGCAGUGCUCAGUGUGCACAUGUUUUAUGAGAUCAGUGCCGGGCGCUGCAGCUGCGGACAGUAACUGAGCUGUCUGGCUAAUGAAGGCCACCUGGAUCAGGCUUCUGAAAAGAGCCAAAGGAGGACGUCUGAAGAAUUCUGAUAUCUGUGGUUCGGCGGACUCCUACACCAGCCGUCCAUCUGAUUCAGAUGUAUCUCUGGAAGAAGAUAGGGAAGCAGUGCGGAGAGAGGCAGAGCGACAGGCCCAGGCACAGCUUGAAAAAGCAAAGUCAAAACCUGUUGCAUUUGCAGUUCGGACAAAUGUGGGGUACAGUGCAGCUCAUGAUGACGAUGUUCCAGUCCCAGGCAUGGCCAUCUCAUUUGAGGCUAAAGAUUUUCUUCAUGUUAAAGAAAAAUUUAAUAAUGACUGGUGGAUAGGACGAUUGGUAAAAGAAGGCUGUGAAAUAGGAUUCAUACCAAGCCCAGUCAAACUAGAAAACAUGAGGCUGCAGCAUGAACAAAAGGCAAAACAAGGAAAAUUCUACUCCAGUAAAUCAGGAGGAAACUCUUCAUCCAGUUUGGGUGACAUCGUUCCUAGUUCCAGAAAAUCGACGCCUCCAUCAUCUGCUAUAGACAUAGAUGCCACUGGCUUAGAUGCAGAAGAAAAUGAUAUUCCAGCAAACCAUCGCUCCCCCAAACCCAGUGCAAACAGUGUAACAUCACCCCACUCCAAAGAGAAAAGAAUGCCCUUCUUUAAGAAGACAGAGCACAUCCCUCCCUAUGAUGUAGUGCCUUCUAUGCGACCAGUAGUUUUAGUGGGGCCUUCUCUGAAGGGAUAUGAGGUAACAGAUAUGAUGCAAAAAGCAUUAUUUGAUUUUUUAAAACAUAGAUUCGAAGGGCGUAUAUCAAUUACACGAGUCACAGCAGACAUCUCGCUUGCCAAACGCUCAGUGUUAAACAAUCCCAGUAAGCAUGCGAUAAUAGAGCGAUCCAACACGAGAUCAAGCUUAGAUGUUUUAGCUGAAGUUCAAAGUGAAAUUGAACGGAUUUUUGAAUUAGCAAGGACACUGCAGUUAGUAGUGCUUGACGCUGAUACCAUUAACCACCCAGCUCAACUAAGCAAAACCUCUCUGGCUCCCAUUAUAGUAUAUGUAAAGAUUUCUUCUCCUAAAGUUUUACAGAGGUUGAUAAAAUCUCGAGGGAAAUCUCAGGCCAAACACCUUAAUGUUCAGAUGGUGGCAGCUGAUAAACUGGCACAGUGUCCUCCCGAAAUGUUCGAUGUAAUUCUUGAUGAGAACCAGCUUGAAGAUGCUUGUGAGCACCUUGCUGACUAUCUGGAAGCCUACUGGAAGGCUACACAUCCACCUAGCAGCAAUCCUCCUAACCAGCUUCUCACUCGCACACUUGCAACAGCCACUCUUCCUAUUAGCCCAGGUCCAAAUAUAAAUUUACAGCAGGGAUCUCAAGGAGACCAGAGGAAUGACCAUUCGGUCCCUGAACGCAGUGGUUCACAAAUUGAAGAGGAAGCACGAGUUGAAUCCAUCAAGAAAUCCCAGCACCGCUCUUCCUCAAGCCAACACCACAACCAUCGCAGUGGUGGUAGAGGCCUUCACAGGCAAGAAACUUUUGACUCAGAAACACAAGACAGCAGAGAUUCAGCUUAUGUAGAGCCAAAGGAGGACUACUCACAUGACCACGGUGACCACUAUGAUUCUCACAGGGAUCAUAAUCACAGAGACGAGUCCCAUGGGAGCAGUGAUCACAGACACAGAGAAUCAAGGCAUCGCUCAAAGGAGAGGGACCGCGAGCAGGACCACAAUGAAUGCAACAAACAGCGUAGUCGUCAUAAAUCAAGGGACCAAUAUUGUGACAAGGAUGGGGAAGUGAUAUCGAAAAAACGUAAUGAUGCGGGAGAAUGGAACAGGGAUGUUUACAUCCGUCAGUAACUUUUGCCUCUGGCAGUCUUGUGUUUCUUUGAAGUCUUGUAACAAUGCCCCUUGAAAAUAUGUUUGGGUUCUUCAUUGCAGAACAUAUGGUAUCCUUCUGUAUGCUGAUUUGUAUUGCUGUUGCUUGCAUAGCAAUAGCAUGAAAUAGAAUAUUCAUAUACUUAUUUUUUUGGUUAGUGCUAUAUGAAUUAGUGUGGUACAACUGAAGAGUUCCUGAUGUUGUACUAUGACAUUUUUCAAGCUGUUUUUGGUAGCUGCCACUUGAACAAUAUCUGUUGCCAUCAAGGUGUUGUUAGUGUUUUUUAAAAAAAAGGUACAUUUGAUGUUUAAUAACUUCCCGUGUAUUCAGCAAGCCAGGAUCAGCACAUAAAAGAAUCUAAAACUUUUUGUCUGCUCUGAUUUUUAAUUUGUAUGCACUUGAUUUGCAUAUUGAUUUAAGCACCACUCUGUCGCUUGUACCUCUGGUGGUCUCCAUAUGAAGACAGAAUUGUCUUGCCUUACACACAGGGGAUCAUGGAGUCAAAAUCUAUUUUCUAUGUACUGGUACUGUGUACUGUAUAUACAGUUUAUAAAUGUUAUUUCUGCAGACACCUUCUUACUAUAUAAGUUUGAUCACACUGUUUUAGAGUCCUAAUGCCAAGUCAGCAGAUUUGCUUUUGAAUUACUGGCAACUGGAACUAGCCUCACUUAGGAAAUCUGUAACAGUGUUCAAUCUAAAUACUUCUUCUUCUGUAGCAGAAAGCUUAUACUUAUUGUAAAUACGGAUGAGUGCUUGAGAUAAAGGGUGUAACUCUUUUACCUUAUGCUGUCCUUGCAAACCCAAUUUUGAAUUUCAAGGUUAUGGUAAAGAUAAUGACUUACCACUCAAAAUUAUUCUUCUCUGUUCAGGUCACAAGAUUGCAAUGGGCACAGCUUAAUUUUUGUUCUAUUGUCAGUAUACUAGAGCACACAUGUUGGAGGUGUGUAUGUGAGUGGUGGGUGAUGGGCGUACGUGUGCGUGUGCACGUUAGGCAGUGAAGUGUGAGAAUCUACUGAAGAAAACAAUGGUUACUCAACAGCCCAAAAAGUCUGUUUCUUCAUUCUGUCUGUUAAUUUAAAAAUCCAAAUUGCAGUCAGGGAAUAUGAGGGAGUUUACUGACCCAAGUAACUGGGAAAGUAGAAAUCUGCUGGCUCUUUGUUGAGACUUUAGGAGAGCAAAACCAGGCAAAUGUUACUGUGAGUUUCACUGGAAAUGUAAAAUCUUUGUUUUAGAGUAUUUGUUUCAGCAAGAAAAGUUUACACAGCUUGUGGAGAGAUAUUUUGUUGGAAAAUAAAUUUUUGUAGCUUCUCCACUUUUUCUACACUUGCCAAUUCCUCUGCAUUCCCACACUGCAGCUAGCUCACUGCUUUUCCUUCACCUAAGAUGUUGUGCCGCUGGUGAGAGCAUGGAAGAAUGACUGUGACAAAAUGCUUUGUUAGGAGCUUUCUAGAGAAAAUGCAUUGAAAUCAAAGGGAGUGAACAGUUUGUUUUGCAUUGAACACCUGUUGCACUGGUAAGUGGGGGCAAAUUCACUAUUAUUUUUGACUCCAGGUUCCAUACCCUUGCCUAGUGUAAAAGCUGUUCUGCAUCACAUAUAGUCUUUGUAGUACUUGUAUGAAUGAAAUACUUUUUGUAUUUCCCUGUAAAUAGCACGUUAUAUAAAGACUGUAGUGCGAUAAUAAUUAAUUUAGCUGGAAGUUCUUUUUAUUUAUUAUUUAAGUUCUGGGAAUAUCAGCAUUGCCUGAUUUUGAAUAUCAUUUUAGUGAAAUGGAUAAGAUAUAUGGCAGGUGCAUGUUUUCUCCAAUCUCCUAUCUCAGCAUCCAAGUAAUUCAGUUUAACUCCUUCAAACAUCCUCUGUCCUUCCUCUCCCUCUCCCACCCCUCUCCCUGAUGCUUUAUAAGCAUUUUUUACAACAACCUGAGAGUAAGAAAUUCUGCUGUCAGAUAUAUGGCCAUUCCUCCCAGUGCUGCUGACUCUUGUCGUUAUUCAAGGGUAGGUUUUGGCUCAAAGCAUGAACUAUGGGGAACACAAGAAAAAGGGUUAUUUUUCUAGAAAUAAAAUUCUCAUCAUUUUUCUAAACAUCACUAUAUGACUUUGUAGACAAAGGAAGAAUAGGUAAGUAGAUCUGUUGUAUUAGUAAAUGGAUAUAUAAGAGUACGUAAACAGUGGCUUUUGAUACAAGAGAAUUUUCAGGGUAUCUGUGAAAAAUAACAUUGCAAGACUUUGUUGUUUGAAUCAUAUCAGAUCACAUGUAAGUGGGAAGAGAAGUUAUAUUGUCUUGCUCUAUAUUGCCUGGCUUUAGCUAAUUUACCAGCUUCAGUAAAUGCUGUUGCUCCCUACAACUCAUGAUGGCUAUGUCCUCUAAGAAGUGAUUCCACUUCAAUACCUUGAAUAUUUUGUUCUUUUUCUGUUGGGUUUUUGGUUUGGUUUUGGGUUUUUUUUGUGUUGGUUUUUUUGUUUGUUUGUUUUUACUUUUGCUCCAGAGAGUAUUUAUUUUUCACCUUUCUUAAAGUAUUUUUAUGGAAUAUUUGGCAGAAUUUCAAAGCACUGAGUAGUAUAUGAAAACUAUGGAGUAGGUAGCCAUGUACAGACAUAAGAAAAUAAAGAGCAUAGUCCAAACACUAGUAUUUAAGUAUGGCCUAUAUAUUGAUUUAUGGAGUAUAAACAUCACAAAAAAGGACAAGUCCCAAUCCAGCUAGUCAUAGAAACAUGUUUUGUAUAGUGCUGCUGAUUAUGUACAGACAACGUACUAACAAAAACGCAUAUUUCUUAGACAGACUCACUGAAUAGGUUUUUAUUAGCCUUGCUAAGAUACUUUCCUUCAGUUACUGUUUUAAGAGUGAGAAAUCAUUUGUAAUGUGAGCUUGUACUACAUAUAUUGCACAAUACCACCUGCCUGCUGAGCACUACUUUGAAAAGCACUUUAACAGAGUUAUGUCAAUAAGAAGCUUUAAAUAUACUCCAGCUGGAGAACAUAUCAAAGGUUAUUGUGAUGAAAUGUCUUUGCAAAGUUAUGCCAAUAGAAAGUUUAAUAUUAUUGUUUGCAUUAGGAUACUAAUGAGUUUGUAUUUCUAUAUCUGGUUUCAGGGUUUUGAAUCUGAGAAAUGGUAGAGGUCCCAGUGAGCUCCAGAGUCUUCUUAUGUAUGUGUGGUACGAAACAACCUGUAAAAUUUCUGUUCAAAUGAGCUAAAAUAUAAUAAAAUCAGUGAAACAAAAGGAAAGGGGAGGAAGAUAAAAUAGUUAAGUGAUAUGUUAGUCUUGGCAGCUGUAACUCUAUAUUUUUCUAAAAAAAUUCAGUACCUGGAAGGAAUGAGAUGCAUUUCCAAAUUUGCAUGUAUAUAUGUUAGACGUUAACCUUAUUUUUGUGUGGCUUUUUUUCAAAUGAAUAUACAUCAGUGCUGAGUAGCCUGAGUCUAUUUUUACCAGUUGUUUAGUGUCACACAGACAUCAUGGAAGAAAGAAUUCUUGAGGAGGGACUGGAAGGAGGUGACAGUAACAGUCUCCAGACCAGCUAAGGGACAGGACAGUGGGGAAGAAUAAGAAAAGAGUUUUGUACACAGAGGCAGCAUCAGUAGGAGUUAGGAGCUGAAAGAAACUAUUUUUAUUAAAUCAAUCCAUAAAUUAUUGCCUAGAAUUUAAAGAAUUCUUCUAGAAUGCUCAUGAAUUCAUAUUCUGUGUCUGGCAUCCGGAGUUCAGAAUUUGAAGAGAGUUCCGUAAUUUUUGCUUCUCAAUGUAUAAAAUUAAGGCUUUGGACCUAUGUAAUGAAGAUCAGUUUUAAAGCCACAAAGAGUUUCAGUGGAGCACCUCUCUUCACAGAAAUCUGUAAACUCUUGACCUAUAUCCCUUAUUAUAAAUGGAGGAUAAGGAAAUAGAAUUCCACUCACCAAACCCUGAAUAAAAGUGCAGACCCCUUCUUACUUCUCCCUGCAUAUCUGGUUACUCAUCCUGUACAUGCAGUUCCUGCCCAGGUGUAAUACCCUGUUCCUUAAUACUUUCUGUCUUCUAUGAAUUUGUUAGUAAAUAUAAUUUUUAAGCUCUGUUGUAAAGUCAUGCUCACGUUCUGUGACACCUGCAAAGGUUUUAAUGGGGUCCACUAUGAUUCCCUCAGCUGGAAUGAAGGGAGUGGUCAGACUGCUUUUAAUCAAUGCCUGUUCAAAGUAAAAAAGUUGGUAUAAACCACCUCCUGUGUUUGUUAGUUACUAAAGACUCUUCAAGAUUUA